UCGCUACAACGACAUGCCGAAGGUAGAUUUAAAAGUCGUUUUACUCGGGAGUUCAAACGUUGGUAAAACGAGUCUCCUUGAACGAUUUAUAGACGAUAGAUUCAAUGAAAAUUUACCCAAUCAAAGUACAAUAGGCGCAGCAUUUGCAUCAAAAGAAGUCUGCGUUAAUAACAUUAAAUUUACUCUUGGAAUAUGGGAUACUGCUGGCAGUGAAAGGUACCAAUCUAUGACAAAAUUAUAUUAUCGCGGAGCUAAGGCUGCAAUUGUCUGUUACGAUGUGACAAAUUUAGAGUCUUGGGAGAGGGCAAAAUACUGGGUUAGAGAACUCAGGAGCGUAGAAGAGACGUGCGUUGUAUACCUUUGCGGAACAAAAAAGGAUAUUCUAGACGAGGGUAAGACAGCAACCCCUGAUCUGGACAUUGUGGAAAGAUACGCAGCUGGAAUUCAAUGCAAAUUCUAUUUAGUAUCCAACAAAACUGGAGAGAAAACGUCCGAAUUAUUUGAUGAAAUAUCCAAAGACUACAUCUCAGAUCCGGACAAUCUACAUUCAGUUAUGGAGGCAAUUACUUUGACUGCAAAUUCAAAGACAGAUUCUCGCUGCUGUCCAAUAGGUUGACUGGAUGAAAUAAAACAUGACAUUAAAGGUUUUUAGAUGAUUUGAUGAUAUGAACAACUUAUGCGUUACUCCAAGUUAAUGUUGAAAGCACUGAUUUUUUCCCAAGCUUAAAUUUAUAAUGUUUUUUUUUAUGUACAGGUACGUGUAUUGUAUGUACAUACAUGAGAUGAAGAAUUAUUUUCGUAAAAUAAGUAUGUAUACCCAGCGUUAUUCUGUAAGUACAUGUAGUCGGUAAUUGACCUUACAUCGAUUUAUGCACUUGAACAAAAGUUGCUUGUGAUAUUUUCAACUAUACCAAAUUGCAGUGCCAGCGGCAGUGUAAUCGAAUAGAUUUACAAUGUAUAUCAUUCAACGUCAAUUGAUUAUUUACUUUUUUAUGUACAGAUUUCAGUAUCUAAUACUGACUGCUUUGUAAGGAUUUCAGUAAAGGCAUAUACUAGGUUCGGUAAAAUUGCGACAAAUAUUAUUUGAGAAAAUGAUUUGAAGUAAGAAGAAUGUUCAAAGCAGUGUGCUCGAUGAAUUUUGUGCAAAAAUAUCUAGCAGCUUCAUUUGCUUUGAAAAGAAUUACAUCAACAAUUUUAGUGAGUACGUGCCGAGUAAAAUAAAGAUUCCCUAAAUACUCCGUGUUAUAUUCCUAAUGAGGUAAUUGUUACCGUCUUGAUACAAACUAUAUAGUUACUUUGAUAGUUACCCGACACUUUCUAGACCAUGGAACAAGUUUGGUUCUCAUUCCUAUUUAUGUCGAUGCCAGAUGAACAAAUUCAUUCGCUAUAUCUUGAAAUCAACAGCGUUGCAAAAUAUUAGACCAUCUUUUACCAUUAAUCAAUUAGAAUCUGUAUUUUGAGUAAUAUCAAUUUCUGAAUUGUGUUCCACAUUGACCAAUAAUUAUUGGAUUCUUUUGUAGGGAAAAGAAAUGUUCAAUGUUAUUUGAAUCAAAUCUUUCA